CAGGAGCGCGUUGCCUGAGGCGCUGGCGUACGGCGAAGGCGAAGGACUGACAGAAGAUGAACGCGCCCAAAGCAGUCCGCCUUUACUGCCGUCCCCACGGGGCAGCAGGCAGUAUAAAUGCCCCUUUGACCCCAGCCCGUAGCAAUACAAAUCCGGAGUUCUCUCGGUGCCCCUCCGGGGCUCGGCUCUAGUCACAAGCUGAUGUCCUGCUGCCACCAGGAGGGGACUGCCCUGCCCUUCUGGCCCCCUGGCCAGCCUUGGGUCUGCUCGGGGAGUUCAGCUGCUCACACUGAGCCACAGCCUUGUCCCUGGGCUGUUUGUUUGCUUUUGGAAGUUGGAUGGGAUCCAUUUGUUCCCUGUGGUCAGAUAAGUGUUCCUCCCCCAAAUUAAGAGAAAGAAAAAGGGUCAGGAGAAGUAGAAAGUACCUUGCAGGGGAGAGCGUUUGGAAGGGAAGGAAGUGGAAGUGGAAAAGGGAUGUCAGCUGUCAACAAAUUACUAGUUUUCCUCAAUCUGGUCACACUCAAAGCUUGUGAAACCGCCUGAAAACAUCACUGCUUUGUAGCAGUGUAGGCCUUCUCUAAGUCUGGUAUUCCUGAGUUGUCAUGGAGACAUGCAAAAUAAAAGGAGCUAGAAAUUCCCAAGGAAGGGGUAUAGGUGGGAUCUAUUACAGGGAAAGGCUGAUGAGAUUUGAGGUGCUUUGGAAAUCUGGGUGGUAGCUUCACACUGAAUGUGAGCUGGCAUGAGAGCUCCCUGUCAGGCCAUGCCUUCAGUCUCAUUCCAGAACUGGCUUAGGAAGAGCCAUCUGUGACUGUGCAUUUAGCCAACUAUGAGUGAGUCUGGAAGUUUUGCAGCAUCACGUUCUAGACGUGAGAGGAAGAAUAGAAGAGGCCAGCAAGAAGCACUUGAACGUCUGAAAAAAGCCAAAGCUGGGGAAAAAUUAAAAUACGAGGUUGAGGAGUUCACGGGUGUUUAUGAUGAAAUAGAUGAGGAUGAGUACUCCAAAAUGGUCAGAGACCGUCAGGAUGAUGACUGGAUUGUUGAUGAUGAUGGGAUAGGUUAUGUAGAAGAUGGAAGGGAAAUCUUUGAUGAAGACCUGGAUGAUGAUGCUCUUUUUUCCAAUAAGAAAGGAAAAGGUGGCAAAACAUCCACAAUUGAUAAAAAGAACGUGAAAAAAUCUGUGGUGUCAAAACCAAACACAAUUAAGUCUAUGUUUAUGGCCAGUGCUGGGAAGAAAAGCACAGAUAAAACUGUGGACCUAUCCAAGGAUGAUUUACUUGGGGAUAUUCUUCAAGAUAUUAGUGCUGAAACAGUUCAGCUAAGUCCACCACCAAUUAUAAUGCUGAAAAGGAAAAGAUCUGCUGGAGCACCACUCAAUCCUUUCUCUGUGCAGUCCCAAACUUCUAAGGUAAUCACCCCUGUAUCAAAGAAAGCUCCUACUCACGUCAGAAAGGAAACUCUUCCUCCAGAUUCAUUUCAUCCUAAGCAUCCCAAUUACACAGCAAAAUCUGUCAGAGUCUCUGAAAAUGAGGACACCAAGCAUAUACAAAAACCCUUAGAAAAUGAGGGAAUAGCGAAGGCAUUAGGAGAGAAAGCUAUUAAAGCACUUCCAGAUGAUGAUCAGGGAAUGAUGCAUUUUGAUGAGGAGGACUUUGAUGAACCUAUGGAAGCAGAUCAUGUGGAAACUAUACCUGAGACAGCUGAAAGCUUGAAAAGAAACAAUGACAUUGAGAAGAAAGAGACAGAGCAGCUGGAAUCAGAGAAGAAAGAGACACCUGUCUUAAGUUGUUCUCUCCCAGGUCUCUCGUGUUGGGACAAAAUUGAUGAGGAUGAAGUUGAUCUAGUAGCAGCAGAAGUUCAGCUGGACCCCAAUCUCCUUCCACUUGUGAAUGGGGAAAAUGAUGAUCAAGUGUUAAGAUUUUAUUGGCUGGAUGCUUAUGAAGAUCAGUUCAGUCAACCAGGUGUGGUAUUUUUGUUUGGCAAAGUUUGGAUUGAAUCUGCAGCCACCUAUGUCAGCUGUUGUGUGACAGUGAAAAAUAUUGAGAGAACUGUUUAUCUGCUGCCACGUGAAACAGAAAUUGACCUAUCUACUGGUAAAGAGACGGAGACUCCAGUAACUAUAAUGAGUGUUUUCAAGGAAUUUAAUGACAGCAUUUCACCAAAGUACAAGAUCAUGAAGUUCAAAUCCAAGAAAGUGGAAAAAUACUACGCUUUUGAGAUUCCAGAUGUACCAGCAAAAUCUGAAUACCUGGAAGUUAAAUAUUCAGCUGAAUGCCCUCGGCUUCCCCAAGAUCUGAAGGGACAAACAUUCUCACAUGUCUUUGGAACCAACACCUCUAGCCUGGAACUCCUCUUGAUGAAUCAGAAGAUCAAAGGGCCCUGCUGGCUGGAAAUAAAAAAUCCACAGCCUUCAAAUCAGCCAGUCAGCUGGUGUAAAGUGGAGGCUGUGGCCAUGAAGCCUGGCUUGGUGAAUGUGGUUAAAGAUCUUUCUCCUCCUCCUCCUCUGGUGGUCAUGUCCUUCAGCAUGAAGACCAUUCAGAACCCAAAGACUCAUCAGAAUGAGGUUGUGGCUUUGGCAGCUCUGGUUCAUCAGAAAUUUCCUUUGGAUAAGGCUCCACCUCAGCCUCCUUUUCAAACACACUUCUGUGCUGUUUCCAAACCAAGUGAUUGCAUUUUUCCUUAUGACUUCAAAGAAGCUGUUAAAAAGAAGAAUGCUAAAAUAGAAAUUGCUGCAACAGAGAGAACACUGCUGGGCUUUUUCCUUGCGAAGAUUCACAAAAUUGACCCAGAUGUUGUUGUGGGUCAUAAUAUUUAUGGAUUUGAUCUGGAAGUGCUGCUUCAAAGAAUUAAUUUGUGCAAAGUCCCUCACUGGUCCAAGAUAGGUCGACUGAGGAGGUCUAAUAUGCCAAAGCUUGGGGGCCGAGGAGGGUUUGCUGAAAGGAAUGCUGCCUGUGGUCGAAUGAUCUGUGAUGUAGAAAUUUCUGCUAAAGAACUAAUUCGUUGCAAAAGUUACCAUUUGUCUGAACUGGUCCAUCAGAUUUUGAAAACAGAGAAGGUAACAAUUCUGCCAGAGGAAAUUCGAAAUAUGUACAGUGAUUCUCCUCGCUUACUGUACAUGCUGGAAAACACCUGGAUAGAUGCCAAGUUUAUUCUCCAGAUCAUGUGUGAGCUGAAUGUUCUGCCACUGGCUCUUCAGAUAACAAACAUCUCUGGGAAUGUCAUGUCGAGGACAAUGAUGGGAGGACGGUCUGAACGUAAUGAGUUCCUGCUGCUUCAUGCCUUUCACGAGAAGGAUUACAUAGUGCCAGACAAGCAAGUUUUCAAAAAACCUCCACAGAAGCUGGUGGAUGAAGAUGAAGAUUUUGAAGAUCAGAAUAAAUCAAAGAUAGGGAAAAAGAAAGCAGCAUAUGCUGGGGGCUUAGUCUUGGAUCCCAAAGUCGGUUUUUAUGACAAGUUUAUUUUGCUUCUCGACUUCAACAGCUUGUACCCAUCAAUUAUUCAGGAGUUCAACAUCUGCUUUACCACAGUGCAGCGACUGUCAUCCGAAGCACAGAAAAGGGCAGAGGCUGAAGAAGAGGAAGAAAUUCCAGAGCUUCCAGAUCCAUCUCUGGAAAUGGGAAUUUUGCCUAAAGAAAUCAGGAAACUGGUGGAGAGAAGACGCCAAGUUAAGCAGUUAAUGAAACAGCCAGAUUUAAAUCCUGACCUCUAUUUACAGUAUGAUAUCAGACAGAAAGCUUUGAAACUCACUGCUAACAGCAUGUAUGGCUGCCUGGGAUUUUCCUACAGCAGAUUCUAUGCCAAGCCUUUGGCUGCUUUGGUGACACAUAAAGGGAGAGAGAUUUUGAUGCAUACCAAGGAGAUGGUGCAGAAGAUGAAUCUUGAAGUGAUUUAUGGAGACACAGAUUCCAUUAUGAUAAACACUAAUAGCACCAAUUUGGAUGAGGUCUUCAAGCUGGGGAAUAAGAUCAAAAGUGAAGUGAACAAGCUAUACAAAUUGUUGGAAAUCGAUAUUGAUGGAAUUUUUAAGUCCUUGCUGUUGUUAAAGAAGAAGAAAUACGCUGCUCUGACUGUGGAACCAACAGGAGAUGGGAAAUACGUAACUAAACAAGAACUAAAAGGGCUGGAUAUCGUCAGGAGAGACUGGUGUGAUCUUGCUAAAGAGACUGGGAACUAUGUAAUUGGUCAGAUUCUUUCUGAUCAACCCCGAGACAUAAUUGUGGAAAAUAUUCAAAGACGACUUGUAGAAAUUGGAGAAAAUGUGGUCAGUGGUCAGAUCCCAGCAAAUCAGUUUGAAAUAAACAAGACAUUGACAAAAGAUCCCCAGGAUUAUCCUGACAAAAAAACCUUGCCACAUGUGCAUGUUGCCAUGUGGAUAAACUCCCAUGGAGGCCGAAAGGUGAAGGCAGGAGACACAGUGUCAUAUAUCAUUUGUCAGGAUGGGUCAGAUCUCAGUGCCAGCCAGCGAGCAUAUGCUCCAGAACAGUUAAAAAAGCAAGAAAAUCUUAAAAUUGAUACUCAGUACUACCUGUCACAGCAAAUACAUCCAGUAGUUGCUAGAAUAUGUGAGCCCAUAGAGGGAAUUGAUUCUGUUCUUAUUGCAACAUGGUUAGGACUGGAUCCCUCCCAAUUCAGAGUCCAUCACCAUUACCAUAAAGAUGAGAAUGAUGCCUUGGUUGGUGGCCCAGCUCAGCUCACUGAUGAGGAGAAAUAUAGGGAUUGUGAAAGAUUCAAGUUUUGCUGCCUCAAAUGUGGAACAGAAAAUAUUUAUGACAAUGUCUUUGAUGGUUCGGGGAGAUUUAUUGAACCCAGCUUGCAAAGGUGCAGCAAGACAGAAUGUGAAGAGCCUCCUUAUAGCUAUGUGGUUCAAAUGGACAACAAGUUACUCUUGGAUAUUAGACGCUACCUCAGAAAAUACUACAGUGGUUGGUUAAUAUGUGAGGAGCCAACUUGCCAGAAUCGGACCCGUCGGCUUCCGCUGAGUUUCUCCCGGAGCGGCCCUGUGUGCCAGGCCUGCAAGAAGGCUGUUCUGAGACCAGAGUAUUCUGAUAAGGCCCUCUACACUCAGCUCUGCUUCUACCGAUACAUUUUUGACGUGGACUAUGCAAUGGAUAAAGUGGUUACUGAGGAAGAAAAAGAGUAUUUGAAGAAGAAGCCACUCAGGAGGGAAGUCUCUGAGGCCUACAAAAGACUGAAGAGCACCGUAGACAAAUGCCUGUCCAUGAGUGCCUACUCAGAAGUGAACCUUGGCAAACUCUUCACCGUCAGUAUAGGAAGAUCUGUGGGAGAGUCCAGCAAUGAAAGACAGUGAUUGAUUAAAAAUGGAGGGAGGCUAGUCCCUUGUUUAUCAGUAAUGAUCUCUUCAGCAAUACUCUGUUUCAGUAUGUACAAUGAUGCUUUAAUAAUCUUGUCUCUUUGGAGGAGGAAAAAUGGGAGAUGAAAACAGGAUGUAUGAUUCUCGUGGAUAUGAAGUAUUCAAGAUGUUUUUAUCUUCCUUUCUUCCUUGAGAAACCAGGGUUAUAAAAACAUGGAGUAGUUGAUUUUUGCAAUAUUUUUUGUUGUGUAUUUAGACCUAUGAGGGAAAAGGGGGUGGGGGAAUUGCUGCUUUAAUUGGAUAAUUCCCAGUGAGAGUUGCUGGAAUGUAAGUGAUCCUAGACUUUGCUCCAGGGUAUUUACUAGAGGUGCUCUCAGGAAGAGAGGUUAGUAGAGGUCUCAGUAGGAGCACUAAUGUUUUGCCUUUUCACGGUUUAUCUUCUUCCUGAUCAUAAACAUACCAAUUAAAAACAAUACUAAACCUAAAUGCAUUUAAAUGUCCUAUUACCUUCUGAACAGAGGUAGGGACGCUUUACUUUGAAAUUCAUUGAAGAAUGACUGAAACCUGGAGGUGCUAAAAAUAGGGACCAUUUUUUUAUUAGGAAUCUUUCCAAGCAUCUUUAAGCACAGUAUUUUGCCACAUUGAAAAUUUCUGUGUGGAUGUAAAGAC